AUGCUGGAGUCAGUAACUCAGAGCACAUUUCUACCAAACACAAUGGUUUGCGAAACCCUGAUGUCUUCGACAGGACUAAUUGGGACUACCGAAGAUGUCUAUACCGCCUGUGAUCAUCAAAGAGAUCCUAAUUCUUUCUGGACAUCUAUCCACCCAGAAUACUGGAGUGAGCACAACGUCUGUGAGUGGUUGCAGUUUUGCUGCGACCAGUACAAAUUAGAUGCCAACUGCAUUUCCUUUCCCCACUUUAAUAUCAACGGCUUGCAGUUAUGCAACAUGACUCAAGAAGAGUUCCUAGAAGCUUCAGGCAUUUGUGGUGAAUUCCUGUAUUUGAUCUUACAGAAUAUCAGGAUGCAUGGCGUUUCCUUUUUUACUGAUGCAGAAGUAACAAAGCCAUCAAACAAGGACUACCUACAGAAUUCUCAUUUGUGGGAAUUUGUAAGGGAUCUGCUCCUUUCUCCUGAAGAAAAUGGUGGCAUCCUGAAAUGGGAAGACAGGGGACAAGGCAUUUUUCGUGUUGUUAAAUCAGAAGCCCUGGCAAAGAUGUGGGGACAAAGGAAGAAAAAUGACAGAAUGACUUAUGAAAAAUUGAGCAGAGCUCUCCGUUACUAUUAUAAAACUGGCAUUUUGGAACGAGUGGAGAGAAGGCUGGUGUACAAGUUUGGAAAGCAUGCCCAUGGAUGGCAGGAGAACAAGAUGUGAAUUGCCUCAUGUUUCCUUCUCAGUACAGAA